CACACACCCAUGCAGUUGCAAAAAUAAUUAACUCAGCCGCAGUUUAGUGCCACAAAAGACCAUGGCACAAUUAAAGAAGCUCUACAUGGCCGGCAAGCUGGAGGAUCUGGAAAAAAUGACAACAAUUCCAGAAUCUGGCAACAAGAACAUGAAAAUGUUACUUAACACCGCACGAAAACUGUUCCAUAACGCUGAAGAUUACCGUCGAAACGGCGAUCAGGAGUUGGCUUACAUCAGCUACAUGAAGUAUUUUAAUAUGCUCUCCACCAUACGUAAGAAAUCCGACUAUGCACAAAACAAAGGGAUGGUGCGAGAGGUGCUCGGGGACACGGGUGCAAAUCGUCGGAUCAUGGACACGCUGGAGCGGAUUAGCGACUCGUUGAGUAAACGCUAUGAGGCACAAAUGCCGGUCAACGUGAACUUAAAUUCCACCUUAAUUAGCCCGCCAUCCGAGCCAAUUGACGAUAAAAGCAACUUGGUAACGGCUUCUGAGGCAUAUGCCAACCUGGGUAUUAUUAGCUGCGAGGCAUUGUUCCAGCGAAUGCAACAGCAAUCUGUGCUCGUCAUGGAUUGUCGCAGCAGCGCCGAUUACGAGGUAUCACGUUUGACCUACUCUUGUGCGUUUAAUGUGCCCGAGGAGUUAAUAACGCCGGGGAUGUCAGCAGGCAGAUUGCAGGCACGUCUAAGCAGCAGCGCCAAGGCUUCGUGGGCAUCUCGGUCCGUCAAGGAGUCGGUGGUGCUAAUGGAUUGGAACAGCAAGGAGGCGCAGCCUGCAGACAACACAGCUAUAGCCACAUUGCUGGAUAUAUUGAAAAAUUGGGAUCCGGAUGUGACCUAUCGUGCUCCCAUACAAUUACUGGAGGGCGGUUAUCAGCACUUUAUCAUGAUGUAUCCGACGCACUGCACCAAUCCCAGUGUACAAAGGCCGCAGCAGAACAACAAUGUAAUUGACACGAUCGAUGAUAUUGAGUAUCCAUCGAUCAGUGAUAUUACCAUGAAAGAGGACAUUUUAAACGCCGAGGAUUCCAAGGAUAAGCAGCGACCCAGCAUCAAUCGCGCCAACAAACCGACCACACUACGCACUAACGAGCCAGCCCAUCAAAACUACCAGUUUCAGGAGCAAAUCAAUCCUAUUAAUGAGAUAAUGCUUCGUCAGGAAGAACUCCUGGAAAAGGCACAAAUCAAUGAUAUGCUUUUGGAUAAAGAAUCUAAGAAAUGGCGACUUCUGCAUGCCGACGGCGAAACAUUGACCGGCGGGAACCAGGAGUUGAACUACAACCUACUUCAGCUAGAAAGUAAAGCCGAGGAUUAUAAAAUUGAAAAUUGCCGUCUGCGCGAUAAGCUGAAACGUUACAAGGAAGAACAACCGCCGCAAGAACUACAAAAUUAUGACGAGACCACAAAGCAGAUAGAGUCCAAGAUCGAGGAGCGCCUGAAGCUCGACGAACGGCAUGAACUCGAACGCCUUGAACGUGAGCGUCAAUUGGCCAUUGCACGCAGCGCCAAGCGGCACUACAAGCCUCCUACGGAGCCAGCAGCGCCACCAGCAGCCAGAGUCAGCGAUGAAUCACCGACCAGUCCCUUCCAUGAAAUAAGGGAAUCGGUUCCCUUUGAACAGGAGCCAAUUAACUCGCGUCCGUUGUACGAUCGCGCCACAAAACCGAGAAAUGAAAGGACAACAGCUGUGGAGACCGCAACGCCACGAAUCCGAGAUUUUUCGCCUAUUAUUGGUCAAAAUGUGCGACGUGGUCUAACUGGACUAAAGAAUCUAGGCAAUACUUGUUAUAUGAAUAGUAUACUGCAGUGCCUAAGUAAUACGCGACAGUUAAUGGAGUACUGUGUAUCAAACAAAUAUAAGAACUAUAUAAGUCGCCAGAACAAAACCAAUGGACAGAUCAUCGAGGAAGUUGCCGAGCUCCUGAAGGUACUGUGGAAUGGUCAAUACAAGUGUGUGGCCAGCCGAGAUUUGCGCUACGUUGUGGGACAAUACCAAAAGAUAUUUAGUGGAGUAGAUCAACAAGACUCACAUGAAUUUCUCACAAUUCUAAUGGAUUGGCUACAUUCCGAUUUGCAAACAAUAAAUGUGCCACCCAAACAGGAGAUCAAUAGAGCCUCGGAUAAGGCUUGGCUGGAGUUUACCAAGUCCAAGGAGAGUCUCAUAUUGCAUUUGUUCUAUGGUCAAAUUAAGAGCACUGUAAAGUGUGUAACGUGUCAAAUGGAGUCGGCAACAUAUGAGUGCUUCUCGAAUCUCAGUUUGGAAUUGCCGCCCAAUUCAAAUUUCUGCCAUUUAAAUCAAUGUAUGGACAUGUACUUUAGUGGUGAGAAAAUUCACGGCUGGAAUUGCCCCACUUGUAAAACGAAACGGGAUGCAAUUAAAAAAUUGGACAUUUCUAGGCUGCCUCCAGUGUUAGUGGUACAUCUGAAACGCUUCUACGCAGAUCCUUCUAAUUCAGGUGCCUACGUUAAGAAACAAAACUACCUUCAGUUUCCCUUGGAAAACCUGGAUAUGAAACCAUAUACUGCACGUGCCGAAUCGCGCACCCGAACACCUAAAACAUAUAAAUUGUACGCAGUAUCAAAUCACUAUGGCACCAUGGAGGGAGGCCAUUAUACGGCAUUCUGCGACAACGACGGACGGUGGUAUAAAUUUGAUGAUCAAGUGGUGUCGACGCUGGAUUCGUCGAAUGUCGUCUCAAGCGCGGCAUAUAUUUUAUUUUAUACUUGGCUGCCGCCUAUGCAUCUGGCCGAAUAAUAGGUUCAAUUUAAACUAUGAAAUUCUUAUUGUUUCUUCUGUUCGCUUUUAAAGUUUUAUUUUUAUUCUUCGCAUUUACAAAUAUUUAUAACUCUUAAGCUCUAGUCGCUUAACCAAUUUACUGCAAAGUGUUGCCUAUUUUAAAUAAUGCUUGUUUGUUGUUGUUCAAUUUUGAACUUGUAUGUAUACAUAACUUUAAAACUAAACAUUACCAUUAUUAUUUAAUUUAUGGGUAUAUGUAUAAAAGUUAAAAGUAUAAAUCAAAUCGUUUAGGAACUAAAACGUGUUGCAUAUGUGAAAACUUAAGUGCAUUGCAAGUAUAACAAGAGAGCGAAGUUAUAUAGCUUAUUAUAUUUUACACGCAUAUUUUAAAACCAAAUAAACGAAAUACAAUUUCUACUUCAA